AUGAAAUCGACAAUAGUGCUUGCCCUUGUGGCAAGUGUCUCGGCCAUUCCGGCAAAUGCACGUAAUUUACAGAGUAGUAGCAGCCAUCCAAAAGUUAUAAGCUUGGCCACAGAACGGAAGACCAUAUCAGACCCAGUAAGGCGAGAUCGUUUACGGCGGAGAGAUGGUACUUUUAGAGCAGAAUUAGACAACGAGGAGACACUCUACUUCGUAAAUGGCACACUAGGAACGCCUGCGCAAUCAAUACGUAUGCACCUGGACACAGGUAGCAGUGAUCUUUGGGUGAAUACUGAUUCUUCAACCCUCUGCUCUCAGAGGUCGAAUCCUUGCUCUUUCGCGGGAACCUAUAACGCCAACUCUUCUUCCACUUACGAAUAUGUGGGAAGCUGGUUCAACAUUUCUUACGUUGAUGGCUCUGGGGCCAGCGGAGACUAUGUCACUGACACGAUCAGAAUCGGUGAUUUGUCGCUAGAGGAUUUCCAGUUCGGAAUUGGGUAUCAAAGUACUUCCGAGCAAGGUAUCCUCGGUAUUGGAUACCCGGUCAACGAGGUACAAGUCGGCCGGGCUGGAAAGGAUGCGUAUGACAAUCUCCCGAAGAAGAUGGUGUCAGCCGGACAAAUCGAAAGAAAUGCUUACAGUCUUUGGUUGAACGAUUUGGAUGCGAAUAGAGGUAGCAUCCUGUUUGGGGGAGUCGAUACGGCGCAAUACACAGGAAGUCUCCAGACGCUUCCCAUCCAAUCCAAUGGCGGUGUUUUCUCGGAGUUCAUGAUUACUUUGACCUCCCUGUCAGUGGGGGAUAACACUAUCGCCGAUAACCAGGCCCUUGCUGUCUUGCUAGACUCGGGCUCCUCGCUUACCUAUCUACCUGAUAGCAUGGUCGUGGGGAUCUACGAUGCGGUUAAUGCACAGUACGACUCGAGCGAAGGCGCGGCGUACGUACCAUGCUCCCUAGAGAGCCAAACGGACACGAUCGACUUCGUUUUUUCAGGACCGAAGAUCUCGGUAGAAAUGAACGAACUUGUGCUGGAUUUGGUGACAACAACGGGACAACGCCCUACGUUCUCGAACGGCGUGGAAGCAUGUUUGUUUGGUAUUGCCCCAGCCGGUUCGGGAACGAAUGUUUUGGGCGAUACCUUCCUUCGAUCAGCUUAUGUUGUUUACGAUCUCGACAACAAUGAGAUCUCGAUCGCACAGACCAAUUUCAACACAACAGAGUCGAACGUCCAAGAAAUCCCUAGCGGAUCUGGCAUUCCUGAUGCUACCGCAGUUGCUAAUGCCGUUCAAGCAACAGAGGGUGUCGUACGAGGUAGUGGCAACGGAGGCGCUGGCUUGGGCGACAGUACGGAUGGCGCUGCAAUGACGAGUGCCUCUGUUUCAGCGGCGGUGCUAUUCCUGUCCUUCGGAGUGGCCACGCUAGCCACGAUACUAUAA